ACUCUCCAUUUGGCGUGGUACAUCGUAUAAUCACUCUCCAUUUUCUACAUCAUUGAACGAUUGACAUGCGUCCCAAAUUUUAACGCUGGUGACUUUUCACAUGAUUACAUACAUACAUGCAUCAAUGGUUAAUAUUUUCCUUCGACUUUUACCUUGCCUUUUCCCGCCAUUUCCAUCAUCGGCGAAGAGAGAGAUGCUUCGUUUACAAGGCCACUCUCUCUCCAUCUCUAGACCCCUGAAUUCCAUCUUCUCCCGCUUGAGAUCGCCCACCAAGUCCUUCUCUGCUCAAAUUCAAAUGGACAAUGGCCAUGGAAAUGGAGCAAGGGGAGCUCUGAUCGUUUUGGAAGGCCUGGAUCGAAGUGGGAAAAGUUCUCAGUGCUUGAGACUGGUCUCUUACUUGAAGGGAUUAGGGUUUCCAGUUGAAUCAUGGCAUUUUCCGGAUCGAACAACUAGCGUUGGAAAUAUGAUUUCUUCAUAUCUCUCUAAUGAAUCGAAUCUUGAUGAUCGAACAAUUCAUCUGCUUUUCAGUGCGAAUAGAUGGGAAAAGAGGUCAUUGAUGGAGCACAAGCUAAGGGCUGGAACCACUCUCAUUGUCGAUAGAUAUUCUUACUCUGGUGUGGCUUUCUCAGCUGCCAAAGGUCUUGAUCUUGAGUGGUGUAAGGCUCCUGAGUUGGGAUUGUUGGCUCCAGACCUUGUAGUCUACUUAGAUAUUCCUCCUGAGAAAGCUGCUGAGAGAGGAGGGUAUGGAGGAGAGAGAUAUGAACAGCUUGAGUUCCAAAGGAAAGUGGACCAACAUUACAGAACGCUUCAUGACCCCACAUGGAAGGUUGUUGAUGCAUGUCUAUCCAUGGAGGAUGUAGAGGAACAUCUAAGACAACUAGCUAAAGACUGUGUUAGCUCUUGCCAAAAUGGGAAGCAACUCUCUCAACUAUGGUUAAAGGUUUAGUUUCCUUCUAGGAAUGAACACAGGGCUAAUGAUCGCUUGCAGCAUAUUGGAGAAUGAUAUUUGAUAUUGGUUGCUGAAUUAAGGUUUCAUGUUGUGAAACAACAGAAUAUGUAGAGAGAGCUGUGUGUUCGCUGCUAUUAUUGUUUCUUGCUUUUGAUGCCACUGUUACUGAUCCCGACCAGUUUCCUAUGAGAUACUGGCAAAAGAAAAGUUUCUUAAGAUGUAAUUCAGUUCUAGUGUGAGAGUUUACAGUAUUCAUUCCAGGAUGAGAGGUCGUGUUGAUCCAUUUAUGGACCCCAUGCUAUUAUCAUUUAUGGACCCCAUGCUAUUAUAUCAUGUUUACAA